CGAAAUUAGCCCGAAAAAGUAAAAAAAAGGAAGCCCUAAAAUUAUCUUUCGGACGGCGGAAAAAUAAAAUUUUAACUCACGAUUUCCAAGAAUUUUUAAUUUCGCGUUUAUUGUUGCUUUGCCAGAAAGCCGAAUUUAGCAAAAUUCCCCUGGAAAAAGAACAAGUUCCCAAGCCCAGCGGACAAUGCGAUAAAUCGGUGUUUAACCACUUUCAAACUAAAUCUGUGCUAAAUUUUACUUUUGCUCCGGAGAACAUGGAAGUCGUUCACCAAUUUUUUAACCAGUUAGACGAUUACGCGAAGGAAUACGACGCCGAGGAAGCCCAAGAAUUUUUUAUUCCCCAAAUCACCGACCCCAUUAGAAGUCGCAAUUCUUAUCUAAAUCGAAUUAAACCAGGCUACGAGGAACAAUGCGAUAAUUGCGACGACGGAGUUUUCCAUCUCCGUUGCCUGCGUAAAUGCUACGACCAAGACCAUUGGGUAAUGUCCCUUUGCCGCAAUUGUAAACAAAAUCCGGACAAACCUAACGAACCCGAGGAAAUAAUUUUUCCUCCGUGUGUUCCCACCCAACCUAAUGCCGUGGCGGAAGUUAAAAAAACUACUCCGUCCCGAGAUGCCAAAGAAAAAAACAAAAAGAAAUUUUGGAUAGAUUUUCAACCUCAGCACGGCAUUUGUUUAAAAUGUGUUGACGGAUAUUUAGGUAAACACAAAGCCCAAGCCUUUGACACAGUAAUUACCCAAAUCACCACGGAAAUUACUAAAAUUAAUCCUAAAAAUGUGUUAAGCAAAACCGAGCCUAAAAACAACCAAAGCGAGAAAGAGAAGGUUGAUUUUUUUACAACGGUCAACCAACAAAAAAAAAUGGCUGAGAAAAAAUAUAAAGAAAAUUUGAGAAAUGAUUUUUCUGGUUCCUUAAAAGCCCUAGAAAAUUGUAAACAAUUAAAAACUCUUUACAUAGGAUUUCAAGGCAAAAUUAGGGAAGGAUUAGAAUAUUUACCAACCAAAAACUUAAAUUAUGUUAUCAAUCACCCAGAACAACUAAAAAUAAAUGACGGUGAAGUUGAAAAUGAGGAAUUUAUUAUUGACGAAGUAGAAAAUCAAUUAGCAAUUAUAGAACAAAAUAUAGAAACUGUCGAGCAAUUGCCAACAAGAACCGAAAGAAACCAAAUCGCCCAAAGAUACGAACCAAGCCGCACCCGAAUAGUUAACGAAUUAGCCCAAAGACAAAGUGCUAAUUUUAUUUAUGAUACCAAAGCAAAACCCCAGCAAUUAUUUUUUUAA